AUGCUUCAAGUCGCAGCCCCCUCGCCCUUCUUCCAUCUGCAGCAGCAUUCCGUCACAAUGCUCGCCCUCUUCGCCGCCCUGCUGUUCUGCGGGCUUCCCUGCCUGGCUUGGGCCGAAUCCUUCGCCCAGGUCUUCAAGAAUGUGAAUCUGGUCCGCAACACCAACCUGGAGAAAGGCUACGUCCGCGAGACGGUCAACGUGGUCGUUGAGAACGUCGACAAGAAGCCUCAAUCCCAGUACUAUAUCCCUUUCGCAACGGAUAUCGUUGAUAAGAUUGGUGGCUUGGAAGUCCGAGACAAGAAGGCCCCCGAGAAAGGCCGCCUCGACGUGGAGGCAGUUGAGUCGAGCUCGUCCAACGGCGACUUUCAGUACUACUUGGUCCAGUUCCCCGAACCCAUCGCUCCCAAAUCCCAGAUCACCCUCGGGAUCUCCUACUACCUGCUAUCGACGCUGAGCCCACGCCCGGCCACCAUCGGCCAAUCCGAUAAACAAUACCUGACACAUACCUUCUCCGCCUACUUCCCUUCGGUCUAUCAGACGGUUACCCAGAAGACGAAGCUGAAGCUCCCCAGCACCAAUGUUCCCGGCUACACCUCGACUAAGGGUCUGAAGUCCGGUGCGGACCCCGAGCGUCAGGGCACAACCUACACGUACGGGCCCUACGAGACCUCGGACGUCGCGCCCGGCACCGUCUACCCCAUCACCAUCCGCUACGAAUUCACCAAGCCCAUCAUCACUGCGUCGUUGCUGGAGCGGGAUCUGGAAGUAUCCCACUGGGGCGGCAACCUGGCGACGGAGGAACGCUACUGGCUGCGCAACAACGGCUCCAAGCUCGAGAACCAGUUCUCGCGGGUCGAAUGGACUAUCAGCAACUACCAGCAGCUGCCGUCGUCCGCCAUCCGCGAGCUAAAGUACCCGCUGAAGCCCGGCUCCGUGGACCCCUACUUCAUCGAUGACAUCGGCAACGUCUCCACGAGUCGCUACCGCCCCGGCAAGGCCCCCAACCGUGACGGCUUCCUGGAGUUGCGCCCCCGCUACCCGGUCUUUGGCGGCUGGAACUACAGCUUCCGCAUUGGCUGGAACAACGAGCUGUCGUCCUUCCUCCGCCAGGCCGUCGCCGGCGCUGAUUCGUACGUGCUCAAGGUUCCCUUCAUCGAGGGACCCAAGGCCCUGGAGGGCGUGCAGUACGAGAAGGCCGUCGUGCGGGUGAUCCUGCCCGAAGGCGCCCGCAACGUGCAGUACGAACUGGUCGAUGGCGAUUCCAGCAACGGCCUCCCCGGCACUGACCAGAUCGAAUCGCACAUCUCCAGCCACAAGACCUUUAUGGACACGCUGGGUCGCACCGCCUUGACCCUGACGGUGGAGAACCUGUCCGACGAGGCGCGCGGCUCUCAACUGGUGGUGACCUACGACUACUCCACCUGGGAUGGACUACGCAAGCCGGUGACCAUCACCGCCGGUCUCUUGACCGUUUUCGUGGCCGCCUGGUUCAUCGGCAACAUCGACGUGAGCAUCAAGAAACGGUAG